GCCGAUCAACACGCUUCAAUGCUUGGCCUUCCUUGAACAGUAGAAGCGGUCAUUCCGGGAUGUUCCCUCCCCGACAGCCAUUCAGUAAACGCUGACAUAGUUUAGAAAUAGGAGCACCAUCUGGGUCGUAAACAUGCAAUGUAGUAGCGCUUGUUCCUGCACCGUAGACGGAGUUGUUUCGCGGUGUAAAAUUCAGGUGACACAUUAAGGUGCUGCCAGGGUCCUAACCAUGCAUACAGAUGACAUCAUAGAAGAAGUGGGAGGCAUGUCCAGGUUCCAGCUCCUCCUCCUCUUCCUCAUUAUCGGCAGCAAGACAGUUCACCCAUGGGGUAUGUUGAUGAUGUCGUUUACCGGCGUCCCCCCGGACUUUUGGUGGUGUGACAAGAACGCUAGUGUAGUCCCUAAUGGCGCCAUAAACUACACAUAUGAGCAGCAGUGCCCCUCCGUGGACAGUAACAACACGUGCACCCUCGUGUACAGUCAAGAGAAAAAUACGGUGAUUAAUCAGUGGAACCUAGUUUGCGAGGACAGUGGCGUAAAGCCGUUUAUCACUGCUGUACAAAUGGGAGGGGUGGUGUUGGGGGCUGCUCUUGGAGGACAGUCAGGGGACGCCAUCGGGAGGAAGAAGACAUACUACCUCUGUAUCCUCCUCAACAUUCUGUUUAACUUGGUGGCAGCCUUCUCCGUGUCGUGGCAGAUGUUCACUGUUUUAAGAUUCUUCAUCGGCGCCAUGGUCGGUUCCCUGCUGGUCGUCAGCUUCAGCUAUUACAUGGAGUUCAUAGGGAAAUACUGGCGGCCUAUGACAGGGACUAUGCCUUUCUGGCCCGUGGGGUCAGCUUUGUUCGCUAUGACGUGUUGGCUGCGACCCAACUGGUCCCAUCUCCAUAUCAUUACAGCCAUGAUCCAUGUACCCUUCCUGCUAGGGUGGUUUAUUGUCCCGGAGAGCAUGCGGUGGCUGGCAGCCCAUGGUCGUCUGAAGGAGGCCGAGGAGGUGGUGGACCAGAUGGCGAGGUACAAUGGCACAAAGAAGCCAGCAAAUACCUCAGCCAUCCUUAAACAGGUUGCUGAGGAGGAACUGCGGGGGAGAGAGUCCAACCGAAAAUAUACCUACCUCGACCUCUACAGACCAUGGAGUUUGUGCUGGAAAUCCUUUAUAAUACAAAUCAUUUGGUUGAAUGUAGCCUGUGUUUAUUACGGCAUCUCAUUCGGUGUUGGGCAUCUGACGGGCAACCUGUAUCUCAACAUGUUCCUUGUGGCUGUCAUUGAUAUACCUGGGAAGCUCGUCGUUUUCUUCCUCAGCAACAUAAUUGGGAGACGGUGGACAGCGUUCAUGUUUUUUGCUUUGGCUGCAUGUGCCGCUUUUUCUGUGGUCAUCGUGUCCAGCGUUGGGACUGCUGAUUGGGAAGCUAUAACAACAGUCCUUGCACUGGUCUGUCGACUCGGGAUAGCAGCGGCAUGGGCCUGCCAUCUUGUCUUUGCCAGUGAAACAUACCCUACUGUCAUUAGGAACCUGGGUUAUGGUGCUGCUAAUACGGCUGCCCGUGUAGGGAGCAUCGUGUCACCCUAUAUUUUUAUUAUGGGAGGCGAUGACUUGAUGCCACCUUUCGUCAUCGUAGGAGUCAGCAUGUUUCUGUGCACGUUGUUGUCGCUGGUCAUGCGGGAGACAAUGGGGGUUCCUCUGGAAGACACGACGGCGAAAACGUCAGGGAAAACAUGUCUCAGCGACGUCAUGUUUGACCAUGAAAGUGUUCCGUUCAAGAAAGAUCAAGAAGAUGAACUUUUGGAUGAAAAGGUUUAAGGGACAAUGCAAUCAAGAGAAAGGAAAUUUUGAUCUUACCAAACAUUAUCAUAGUGCCUUAACGUGUUUGUAUAAAUACUCAGAAUCUAUUCGUCGUCAACACAUCACGGUCUUAUGUACCCUACGUUUCUCAAUCACCCGCGAAGACUGCUCAAAGGGCUGCUUUGAGGAACGUAGUGUUUACACAACUGUAAAGAUAGCAGCUGGUUCAUUGGCAUUUAUGAUCUCAGGCUUUCUGUGAGAUGAGGUAUAUACACAUGGGCAUUAAAAAGGCACCUCCCACUCCUUCGGAUAUGUGCUGCAUUAAAACAUAUUGAUAUGAUUCAUUGUUUGAAACACAAAAUAGUGCUAAACUGACCAACAGAACGCCUUGCACUACAAUCACACAAGUAAUUGAGCCAUCACUAGCAUUCUGUUACCGAUUUUUGGCGUCAUGUAAAGAAGUCUGAAAACGUUCAUUUCGACAACACUGAAAUGUAUCAGAUCAGCCACACGAAUCGGUAUCACGGUACUGUCACGCUAUGCAGUGAAAACCGCUGAUUUAUUUCACCACUGAUUCUGCGAUCAGUAUCUGGAGUAGCCGCCCCUCUUAUUGAUGACAUUUCCGAGGCGUAGCCUCAUGCUGCUGAUGGACGUCUGAUUUUCAAAAUUUGGGAUCCUCUGCCAUUCAUGGCGCAGUGUCUGGGUCAGUUCAUUCAGGUUUUUUAACAGGAUGGGGCUCUAUAGCUCUCACUGUUAUUCCAAAAGAUGUGAUCAGGGUGAUGAAUAAAGUGUUGCUUAAUUACUGCUCAUGUAUAUAAAUCCUAGUGUUCCCCCGAUGAUUUUGCAGAGAAACAAAACUCAGGAAAAGAUCUAUAUUAGCAACUGCGAAAUAUGUAUACGUGUAGUGCUAGGCAAUCGUAUAAUCAGGUUCCUUCUUCAGGCCUAUGUUUUUGUAUUUAAUUACCAUUCUGAUUCUAUGAGAGGACAACAAAACAAUAUCGAUAAGGCAUGAUUUCCCCAGUCCAUUGUACGGUUCUCUACCAAAAGAGUUAGCCCGAUAUUAUAGUUUUGUAUCUACCUGAAAAUUCAAAUUUCAAACAGGGACAGCUUCCAAAAAGGAUUGAUCCGCUGAGACUUUGUGUGAGUGAGUGAGUGAGUGAUUGAGUGAGUGAGUGUUUAGGGGGGAAGCUACAAUUAAAUUAAGACAAGAGAAAAAGAUGUUUGUUCCCUUCAAAGAAAAACUAUUUUUACCCAAACACAUUGUUUUAGAGCAUGUUUGUGAUCGAUAUUAUCUUUAUAUUAACGGAAGACAAACAGCUAACCAACUUACUGAAAGAAAUGUUCGUUUGUAACAGUAUAUUUUCCAUUAAGAAUAGUAGAAUACUAUAUUUACGUCUCGAUCAUCCGUCACCCAUAGUCCUGAAAAUGUAUUUUAUAUUCCCGGCAUUCCAACUCAUUUUGCCAUUACAGUACCAGACAGUCUUCACUAUAUUUCUACAUUUCUGAUGACGUAUUUUGUCAUUUGAAUUUACUUGGCCAACCACUGAGGUGGUUUUGGUUAUGUCAUUGUUUUUUGGGUUUUUUUGUCAUCUAUGAUAGCGAAACCAUCUGUAUUGACAUCACUGCAGACAGAUUAGAACUGUUCAGUAUUGAAUUCGUUUCCAAUAUUUAAUUUGUUGCCACACAAUGAGAUUGAGUGAUGUUUUAAAACAUGUUUUGCUCGUCUAUACACAGAAAUCAAAUAUCUUAACUAUAUGAAGGUUCUUCAACCUUGACUGUUUUAAAUAUGUGUCACACUAAGUCAAAUGUAACGCUUGUGUCCUGCAUAUCACAGAAACUGUUUUUGCAUUACCCAGAGAUCACUGAUCGCCAAAUGAUCAACGGAUGUGCAAUUCGUUGAACAAAGUUGCGUCCUUGAGCCACGAGGCGCCAUUCGCCUAACAGAGUUGCAUUCUCUAGACAUGAGGCGACACGCUGGUCGUAAGUUGUGAUUUUCCCACAAUAGGACCCCUGGACUGUCGCGUAUCGUAAAGAUUUGUAACGCGUCACUGAAUACUAUUCAGCGGACGCUCUCUGAGAUGGCGGGAAUACGGCCAAAAGUGGCGUUAAAUCAAACUUGCCCACUUACUCGGUCAAUAACGAAGGCAACACCAAUUUUGCAAAUAUGGUUUCUUUGAAUACUUUUGAAAAUACAAGACAUUUUUUGUGUGACUCUAUUACAUUCAUGCCUUUCUGUAUGUUAAAUAUUUACUUAGUACUAUUAGUUACAUGAAAGGUUUCAAUAAUAACUUCUGAAAUAAAACAGGGAUUGCUACAUAAAUUGACUGCCAAUAAAAACUUUACAAUAGUUUUAAAUCACGGUAGUUUAAAAAUCACAAAAGGUAGAUGCAUAAAGUAAAAUGUACUGAAAAGAUCAAAAUCUCAACGAAAUCAACAUUUAAAAUGACAGCCAUACAGCAUCCGAUAUUGGCAUGGAAAUUGCCCGAAUUGAGGUGGGGUGGCCAUAGCAAGCGUUCAACGGACAAAGGACACAUAUACGCGCGUUCAAAAUUCAAAGACACGUCACAUUAAUAGCGUGUAUGACCACACCCUGCUACAAGACACGCAAACACUCUCCCGCGCACAGAAAAGUCAUUUUGUCUGAUGACGUCACGUUUGAUACGUCGCAAUUCUUCUUGAAGGGCCUGGAUCAGUUCUUGUCGGUUUGCUGAAGGAUGAGGUCGCUGUCGAACACGAAGAUGCAUGACAUCCGAGAGGUGUUGUAUGGGGGACAAGUCUGGGAAGCGUGCAGGCCACGGCAACACGUUGACAGUGUUGGCUGGAAGGACGUUCUGUGCGAUUCGGGCUGUAUAGGGCCUGGCGUUGUCAAUGCUGAUAAAAAGGACGCCACGUGACAGCUGUUGUAGAAAUGGUAGGAUAACGGACGACGAAUGUCAUCCAUGUAACGCCGACCUGUCAAUUUUCCGUUAACGAUGACCGGUGGUGUUCUCUGCUGCCCACAAAUUCCUCCCCACACCAUAACACCCCCAUACCGCACGACAUACUGAACGCAACAUGCCGUUAGUUCUCCCCUUCGGCGGUAAACAUAAUAUCUUCCAUCAGCUCUAAACAGACAGAAGCGGCUUUCAUCAGUGAAGACGAACCUCUGCCAGUCAUGUCGCUGCCAACGACGUUGAGUCCGGGCCCAUCUGAUCUCUGACGACGAUGUAGUGUUGUCAAUAACUGUCCACUGUAAGGUCUGUAAGCCUAUAUUUCUUGAGCCAAGAGUCGCCUGGACACUGUCGACUAACCACAUAUCCUGAGGCGUAUGCUGAUGUCGUAACUGUCAUGGAUCGAUUCCGGAGAUGCAAAGUACGCCACCAUCGGUCUUCAUUGGGCGUAGUUACCCUGGGUCUGCCUGUCUUUCGACUGUCCGAUGUUUGGCUACCAUCUGUAUCCAAACCGCGUUGUUCGGGUGUCAGUGGUAUUUCUGUGGUGUUUUUAUCAGAGUGGGUGACUGAAAUGCCGUCAUUAUCAUUUAUAUACCUUUUUGCACGUGUAGUUUCGGCUGCUUAAGCGGCACGCAUGUUCUACAAUCACUCUCUGGAUAGAGCAUUGUUGUGUUUGGACGAUGUGUUUUGCAUUGAAUUAGUUUUAACUGCAAUUUCAUUCACUGAUUCUAUACUUUACCACUCAAUUUUAAUUCAAUUUCAAUUUCAAGAUCUUGUGCGGAUAGGUAAAGAAUAAUGCUCCACAAUUUUGAUAUAGAAUAUUCCAGCUGUAGCACUGCGAGUGACGAUAACAACUUUGAUCAUAAUGCCAAAUGUACAUGUGCAGAAUCGAACCCAGGUUUUCGGGGAUCCAACAUGACCAAUGGGAAACUCAAACUGCUCAUUAUUGAUUAAAAUUCAAGUUGCAAGUCACCGUCAAUACCUUCCAGGUUUGUACACAUUACGUCAACACAUACGGUCGUUAUGCUGUGUAGUCGUUAUUCUUACAAACAAAUCAAGUUAUGACUGUAUCCACUGAGAGAAGUCAACAAGCGCCCAGACCAAACCGCGCUCAGCUGACAUCGCACAAACGUUAAUGUCUCUCACUUGCCAACAUGUGUUACGUGAGCUGUCGGCUCUACAUAUUUCUUUCAUGUCGGUCAAUGGUAUGGCUCGCACACAGGCCAUGCGCGAAAUAGGAUUGUUCUUACCAUGAGCAUUCUUCUGGCUAAUAGCAUUAGCUGUCGGUCAUACGCCUACACGGGUGGACGAAGGGAAAUGCAAUGAGUUUUAGACCAGGGUCCUGCAUUGAAAUGGUACAGGACGUCUCCACAUAUGUAUGCUAUAAUGCUUUCUCUGUCCGCAUACAUUCAUCUAACAUCUAUUUGUUUCAUACCAUAUAAUACAUGUUGUUAAAGUCGUGUUCAUAAUAAAUACAAAAUAUAUAUCUGGUUCUUCUUAAUACAGUUAAAUUUCAAUGUCUAUGCCGAUUGAUAUUUCUGUUUCGCUCCACUGAGUCAAUCAGUACCACUUUAUAAGGAUAUAAAUAUUGUUUCCGGCCAUUGAUCUGAUACAUAUUGUGAUCGUUUAUUAUAGGGGUAUUUUAAAGGAAUAAAAGACACUAUUUAGAAUGGGUUGUAAAGGCUCAUCUUAUCAUCGAGAUUGUACGACUUCUCUUAUUUUAGGGCAUUUAAUUCUUCCAUCUUUAGUUUCAAAUAUUAUUCGUGAUCGUUUCAUUUUGAGUGAUUAAUAAUAGUAUAUCAACCAAAAGUUGUUAGUUGUCUUAUUGACCAUAUUGCCAUUAGCGUUUCACAUUGCUUGAACCUGUUUUCUUAGUUAAUAUCCACCACAUCAUCCAGAUCAUGACAGAUUUGUAUGCCCAAUAACUCAAAAGGUUCCUCUGUCCAGCCUAGAUCGCAUUUCGGGCAGAGUUUCAUUUUCGAUCUCUUCUUUGAAACUAUCAAUAUCAAUUUUGUCUUAUCUGUGUUUACUUUUAAACCUAAAAAGCGCGCGAAGAAUGUCAAUUCAUGCAAAACGGCGUAGAGGCAUGGUUCAGAAUCAUCAAGUGAGCAGGUUGUGUCGUCUGCAUUGUGCCAGAAGAUACUCAAUGUCACAAAUUCUAAUUCCCUUUUUCGCUGGUUAUUUCUUGUCAGUAUUUCCACGCAUAGCAUAAAUAGAUCAAGUGAUAACAGAUCUCAUUGACGGCAUCCUCUAUAUAUGUCAAAGAAUGCGGAACCAAAACCAUUCACAAGAACUCCUGAUUGUAUUCCAUAUAACAAUGUAUACUCUUCAAAAAAAGAGAAAUGGCCCUUUUGCUAAUGCACUGGGUGCGGUUUUUUUUCGAUUCGUGCGUGUUUCCCGACUAAUGGUUUGCAUUUCCUUGUUGUGAUCAUUUAGAUCCGGGAAAAUUGUCAUUGACACUAUAACACAUUAAGCCUCUUCAUUUUGCACCUCUUGGUCCGCUAACUUUGCAUUUAUGGCCAAACAUAUCCGUAUGGCGUUUCUUUUUUUUUUAAGAGUAUAGGUAUCCAUUGUUUGAUUGAUUCUCAAAAGCCAAAGUAACUCAGUGUUUUGUUUAUUUAAGUCCAAUCGACAGUAUAGAAAGCUUUAUCAUAAUCGAUCAACAGUAUAUUGACUAAGAUCGUCUAGUCUAGUCUAGUCUAGUGACCAUGACUUUGCUGACAGUCUAUGCACUUUCUGUAAAGAAGACUUAGAUGAUGAAUACCAUGCACUAUUUAUAUGUCCAGCUUAUAAUAACUUAAGGAUAAGGUAUUUGCCCUCGCAUUAUUAUCAAUAUAAAUUCUGUUGUGUUGUGUUGUGUUGUGUUGUGUUGUGUUCUGUUCUGUUCUGUUCUGUUCUGUUCUGAAUAUCUGUCUUCUUAUUUCCCCAAUGUAUAGUCCAGCCAUUAAACCCUUCUGAUCUUUCUUAAUACGUAUAUCUAUCACAGAUUGUAUACCACGUGAUAUGGCUAUAGAAGCAACCUUGUAGAACACCGAUAAUAAUGAUAUGUGACGCCAAGUUUUUGGAUAUUGUUUUGGUUUAUUACAUUUAGGUACACGGGUAAUUAGUCCUCUUUUUGUGUUUGUUUGUUUGUUAUUUAACGUCGCACUCAGCAAUAUUCUACGCAUAUGGGAUACGAUGACAUGCAUCAACCAAGUCAGCGAACCUGACCACCCGAUCCCGUUAGUCGCCUCUAACGACAAGCACAAACGCAAUUUGCGGCAAGCAUGGGUUGCUCGUUUUUGUGAGAUGAAUUAUUCACCCAGGUUGUUAUACAAAACUGAAAUAUCUUAUUAAAUGUUUACUAAUACCAUUCCAGAAGAAUUUUCAGAAUUCCGCAGUAAAUCAAUCCAGUCCUGGACUUUUCUCAUUUUUCACAAAUUUAACUGCUUCGCGCCGAGGACUUCAUCACAAUUCGUGACGAGUUCUCCUUCAACUUUGUGAGACAACUCAUCAGAUAGUUUUGGAACUUUAAGUUGACUGAAUACUUGACACGUCAUGUUCAGAGUAGAGUUUACCAUUUAACCUUCUUACUCCUUUGUUCUAUAAAUAUAACCUUGGUUUUCUUCCAUUCAAUUUAUCGAUUUAUUGAGGUAGUUUCUAGAUUCUAAACUAAGAUAAUAUUUGGAUGUUUUUUCGCCAUGUUCCAUUCAUGUUGCCUUACAUCUAACCGUUAUUCCCUGAGUUCCAAUUUUAAUUAUUUCUUCUAAUUCCUUAAUGAGAGAUUCUAAACAUUGUCAGUCUGGUAUCGAUGACACCAUUUCCUCACUUUGUUGUUUAAUUUAUGUUUUAUGUUCAUUUCCAAAGUUUCACGUGUUCUUUUCUAAUACGAUGAAUAUUGUUUAGUUUAACCCCGGAUCAGUGGUAUGAUCAUGUCCCAUAGGAGAAGGUCGUUCAUUGAGAAGUUCCCUUCUUUACCUUUCUCGACUGUUUAAUAGUUUCCUUAAUAAUUUAUUUUACUAACUAAACGUACUUUUUGUCUUUGAGAAGUGAAUCGUUAAAUUUCCAAAAACCGUUCCUUCGCUGCAAUUCGGAGUCAAAAUUUCAAAGAUAUUGGAUAAUGAUGAGAUACAAGAAAAGAGUCGAAUCGAGCUUUAAGGAAGGGUGGGUUGUCUCCAUGUGUAUCGAUUAGCAAACGGGUUCAGUCCCCUACCAGCGUCUACUAAGGCUAUUUCAGAUUUACCUUUCCGUCCCCCUUCUCGUGCUUUCGGGUGAUUUACAUUUUCAUAGUUAUACAUAUCUAGCGAGUAGUUUUGAAUGAUAUUCCAAUCCCCACACAGGAUAAUGUGAUCACUUGUCGAAGAUCUAUAGUGUUGUCAAUUUCAUCCUAGAGAUCAGGAUCAUCAUGGUUGGGUCCAUAUGAUAUUAAUACCAAGUUUAUAGUCAAUAAUCUCAACUUCCAUUAUAAGCAUGUUACCUUUUUUAUCACAUUGUAUUUUUUCAUAUUUGAAGUCAAAGAUACUUGCACAAAAUUAAAAUUGCUAUACAUCUGGCAUUGCUUUUGAACGAGCGGAAAUAACAUAGAUUAUUGCCUCAUUUUUUCCUUAUUGUUUGUUCCAUGUUUUUUUGUACCAUGUACAUCCUGUAAACGAUAAUCUGUGCCUUCUUUUUCUCAAGAGAAGUGAACAUUUCUCAAGGCUUAUUUCUAUCAUGUAUGCCCCUAAAAAUUUAAUUGUUAUACUUCAUAAUACAAUCAGUAUACUUUAAUAUUCUCUACAUUACGUUGGGGUAUGGCAACCCUAGACAGCGAAUGGGAUUUCUCCCAGGAAGCUCUGCCUUGUCAAACCAACCAAGAACUUUUCGGAUAAUGUGAGGACAUCCCAACACUGCAGCCUUCUGCAUUACCCAGAUUGUCAGAAGUAUUCCUGGUAGCAAACCCGGGUACUCUCUCAAUGUCAGUCAACAGAUUGGGAGGUACCAAA